AUACAUUGACAAUCAUUAUUUUCAAUAUUUGCAAAACCAAGACAAUUAUCUUUUGUUUACAACUGUUUACGACAAGAAGCAGAUCAUAUCAUUUUACCAAAAAAUAUGGACUGUAUAUCAAAAUGUGGGCGAAUACUUCUUGUUGUUUUAAAUGUCAUUUUUUUGAUUAUUGGACUUGUGAUAUUUGCACUUGGAAUGGUACUGAAGUUUGGAUUUGAAAAAAUCAAACCAUAUCUCGAUGACGCUUUAAAUACUGUGAAAGGUGGCAUUUCGGAAAUAAUGAAAUCCUCCGGAAAUUUAGGGGCGCCAAAACUAUCUGACAACGAGUUGAAGGAAAUCGACGAACUAGUCGAGAUAGCAGAGAGCAUCCUGAAAGAUGUGGCUUUAGCUCUGAUCAUUGUCGGGUCUGUAAUGUUGAUUAUUGUAUUGCUUGGAUGUUGUGGAGCUUGUUACAAAAUCAAGAUAUUCCUAUUUCUAUACAGUGUAAUUAUAUUCAUACUUCUGGUAGCUAUGGUUACUGUAGCGGGUUUGUACUUGAACAAAAGGGAAAUCAUCGAUGAUAAGGUGAAGCCAAUUCUGAAGACGACAAUAAAAGAUUCAUAUAAAGGUUUGCAGGGUAUAAAUUUUAUAAGUCUGGCUUGGAACUUUGCUAUGCAGCAGUUCUCUUGCUGUGGUGUUGACAAUAGCAAAGAUUUUGAAGUGUGUACAAAUUGGAAAAGGAAACCAAUAUCGCAAUUUUUUCCAAACAUAAAUGCUCCAUUAGUCUGCUGUAAGAAAAUGCCGGAUGCCAAGAAUCCAGGUCAAAAUGAUCUGGAUUGUGCUAUUACUCCAAAGUCAGCUACUUCAAAUUUUGAAACUGGUUGCUAUGAUGUACUCUGGUCAUAUGUGGAGAAAUACAAUAAAAUUGUGAUGACUGUUGUCAUACUGGUUUCAUUGAUUGAGGCAGUGAUAAUAUUUCUUGGUUGUUGGAUAGCAUGUAAAGAAGGUGACGGCAAAGUCAGUCCCAGUGACUAAUGAACUGGUUAGUGCUCAUCGUAGGGCAGAGUGUGAUGGAAAACUAUUAUAUAGCUGGUCUAUAUUACUCUUUAUGUUUUGUUUGCUUGUUUUUUUUAUAAUGUUGUUAAUAGUAAUAAGGACUUGAUUAUUCCGUUGUGAUGGUGAUUAAGUCGAGAAACGUAAUAUUAAGGACCAAGAAAGGAGUAGGUUCAGUAAGACCCCUUUUUGGCCCCCAAAUAUAGCAGUUUUAGAAAAUUCUGAAAAUUUAAUCUGUAAGCUAUAUUUUGGAAGGCAAAAUGUUUCUGCUACAUACAUAUGAGCUGUUUUUGACAAUACAAUGCACAAAUGUUGCUUUCUUGUAUCAUUAAU